AGGAAGCGAACAAAAGCUCCGCUGCCUUGUCUGCAAUGGCGUCUGGGGCUUUUCCCACGAGCGCCCCUCUCUCGCUCUCCUCCCCAGGCCACUAGACGCCGCGCUCCGCAGCGACGCCGCCGCCUGCCCCAACCCAACCCUAGCUCCCGCUUGAGCUCAGGGCGAUGGGGUCCUCGUCCUCACCGUCGCCGCCGCCACCGCCCAUGAUCGGGAGGGCCGGGAACCUCACCGUCUUCAUCACGCCGCCGUCUCCCACGAGCACGCCGCGGGGCGCGUCGCGCACCCCGCCGCCGCCGCCCGAGUCCCCGCGCUCGGAUUUCUCCACGCCGACCCCGCAGAGGGCGGCCCCGUUGCCCUCCCCCUCGCCCUCGCCGCGCAAGCCCGCAAACCCGGCCGCGGCUCCCGCGGUGGUGUUCACCCCACCCCCGCCGCCGGCUCCCGUGAAGGUCGCGCCGCCGCCGGUGCAGGUGCCGCCGCCUCAGUACGAGAAGGCGUCCGCAGGGGGCAAGCACGACGGAUCGACAUUCGGCUUCUUCUGGGACGCCGUCGCGCGCGUCCAGGAAGCGCACGCGAGCCUCGACGAGUACGUGGCGAACUGGUUCGGGUUGGAUCAGUCCAAGUACCAGUGGGCUCUCAACGACUACUACGAGGCUACCGGCAAGGUGGAUGGAGCAUUUGAUGUUUGUGUGCAGGUCGAUGUUGGUUGGUAUGAUUCGUGUGUUCUGGCCUUUUCUGUAGAUAGCCUCGUGAGCUCUACAUGCAGGUGCUAGACUUGGAGCUGUCCCUACGACCUUUGCCUUCAUGAAAGUGCGGAUGAGUGUCUUCUCGGUGUUAUAGAUGCUUGGAGUGUCUUGUGUGGGUGUUAGGUGUUGUUUGGGCCCAAAAAGGCUUUUGUGUUGGAGAAUAUAUGCAAAGGGUGUUUAGAUGGUGGUGGUAGUGGUGCUUGUUCAGCAAAGCUCAAGUCAAUCCCUGUCUUGCAAUAUCUGUAAAGGUUGAACCAAAGAUAGGCCUAAAACUCAAGGCAAGAAUAUAUACCUAAUCACCCUGUAUUUAGUAACUAUAAGAAUGAUGGGCAAUUAUGUUGGGCUAUAAAUUAUACACAAGAAUGGACAUAUUGUCUAGAGUGGGACACUUUGGAGCUUUCGAAAAGUUGUUCCCUGGUUUUAACUUUUGUGCACUGGUGCUUUUUGUUAAUUAUUGUCUCUCAACACACAUAAGUGCAUUACAUGGUGAACUGUUAAAAACUCUGAUGUCAAUAGAGUGGGUAGCAAAAAACUUAUCUUUGAUACAAUGAUGUUUGCAUUCUAGGAAGCACCCCUGGCACUACUGUUGGCAUUAUAGUUAUUGUUACCCAUUAAGCAUUUCUGCUACUGAACACUGGACAAAACUCCAAAUUUGCAAUAAAGGUUUGAUUGAGCAGUGUGAUGCAGAAAAUGUGCAAAUUAUAAAUAUGUGUUAAAAUUUUGGUAGCUGUUUUUCUUGAGUUUUAAAUGAAGAUGACUUUGCAAACUGCAACAGUAUGUGAGGAAAUUCACUUUAUUCUCCCUAUGUGUACUGGAUAAAUCUGCUAGAUGCCUAGAUGGGGAUGGUAGCUGAAGCUACACUAUUGAUUGAACUAGUUACAAACUAGGCUCCAGCAUGACUCUAUUUAAUGUUUAUAUUGAACUUUACUCUGCACCAUCUUUUGGUUAUAUUGUUGGCAUCUCAGUUCACCACGAGUGCAUGUUACAUUUAGACUGUAGCCCUUGUCUAGCUAGCCAAGCUUUGUACAGUAUACGCCGGUUACUUGCUUUACCCAAUAGUUCUCGUAGUGGUGUAAUGUAGCUACUGAUCAUCUAUGGUUGUAAUUGCCAUCUCAAACCUCAAGAUAUCUGCUGGUGACUGCUUUCAAUGGGUGAAUGAUAGAUUCACAAUACAUAGUAGUAGUUACUUAGGUCAUAGCCUCAUAGAACUAGCUUUGCUUCUUAGGUACCAUAUUUCAAUCCUCAUAUGUUCAAUUGACUUAUUUUCGUAUAUCUUACUGACAUCACAAGCAUAGUACUUACAUGAUUUCAUGUUUCUUAGGAUGUCCUGAAGAUUAGGAUAUUUAGGGCUUAAUGCCUUCUGUAUUUUGACUUAUCAUAGUAUUUAUGAUGAAUGGAAUAAUGUUAUGAUACCAAAAUAGCAUUAUUGUUUUGUCAGUCCAGGCUUUAAGACAAAAAAUGUCAGAAUCCUUGAGAUGCAAUAAAAGUAGCAUAUAUCUCAAAUCUGUGUUAUAUUUACUACCUGAGUUUUCUGUUAACUUGAUAUGACAUAAAUUUAUUUUGUUUUCCCCUUAUUUCGUAGAUUUGAAAAAACGUAAGCAUCCAGAUUUGUUAUGUUGAUACUGUCUAAAAUUACUGACUUUUCCAAGAUAUAGAGGAAUAGUUUGUGCUUUUUCUCGAUCACAGCACUAUAGCAUUAGCAUGGUAAUGAGCUCACAAAUUCAUAUGGCUCCUGCACUGAGACUGAGCUUUCACCUAGUAAAUAGUGAUGAGCUAACCAAGUCAGCUGCCAUCUAUCUUUCAAUGAUAUCCACCUAAUUUUUUUAUGUAAAUUUGUUUGAACACAAAAUUAAGAAAUGCAAGUUUUUUUUGUUCCAUCAGUAGAACCUGAUAUGGUGUCCUUUGUCAUUACCUGUUAUCAUACGUGCAUAUGAUACAGCAAUGUGGUAGAGUUUUCUAAUUUCUUGGUUGACUAUCAGUGUCCUAAAGUGUUAGGCACUGGUCGGAUGUUGGAGUGUGCCUUAGGCGUCCGAUCUCUGAAACACGAUACUUAAUCCACCAUUUUAACAAAUAGUUAGCAUGAGCAUUGGAAUUUUGGUAGGUAAGAUUACAUAUUUUCUGAUG